AUGUGGAAACAUUCAUUGGCACAUUUUUAUUUUUUGUUAUUUCUAAAGUUUAUUAGUUGUUGCCAGUGUAAUAUUAAUCAAACGACUGAAAAAGAUUUAUACAUAGAGAAGAGGCAGCUUGAAUUUGAGGAUUACAGUACAACGGAGAUGACUGACAACGCGACCGAGAGUACGGUCUCCGUCGACAGGCCAACGGUCACCUCUUACCAUUUGGGGAACUUGGAAUCUAAUGAAAGUAGCACCGAAUCGUAUGAGGGAACAACGCCAGAAACAACUGAAGCCACAGAAAGAAAACAAAACUCUACAGACAUCAAAGAACAUUCAGAAUAUAACGAAAGCACUGAAAAUAUUCUGGACCCUACUGAAGGUAGUAUUGAUUUGAAUGAAUUUAUUACACCUGAUAAUGAAACCACUACCGAAAUAGUUAGGAAAAGAGUUAAGACACUGAAACAUAGCCUUAAAGAUCAGGCGAAGAAAUGUCGGCAUUACAGAAAGGGGAAUUCCUUUGAUUUGUCCAAGAUGGCGGAUGUGUGGCAAGUUGUGUACUAUCAGUUGCCGAAUAAGUUAAAAUGUUUCAAAAUUCAUAUAAAGUUGGUGAAAUUAAAGGAGCAGCAACGCUACGCCACUGUGUUUGGGAACUUCAACGAUACAGUACGUUGGGACAAAUGUUUUUUGGAAAUAAAAUCCAGCGAAAAGUCUGAGGGAGGUUCUAGAAGACACUUUCUUCAAGGAACCCAAAGUGACAGGGGCGUGAUGGAGAAUAUUAUCAUUGAUGAAGAACAUUGCGCGGAUAUACCGCGCGGCAACGCUCAUUUCAUACGGGGCAUACAAACAAUUGACAACUAUCGGUACAAACCACGGAGGAUGGAAAGAUGGCGGAGAUGCCAUGAAGCAGAAAACACGACUUACAUCACCCUUCACCGCGAGAGUGGUGAUCAGUGGUCGGUGAUUAAGAAUCUUCUCGUGAUGCGAGACUGCGAGACUGGUGAUCUUGUAGUGUUCACCAAGGUGCCUUCACGUCCCCGUAGAGACGACAUCUUGGAUGCCUUGACAGUAUUCGGGGAAAGCAAACUUAAUGGCACCAUGGCCUGUGAAGAAAAGUCAGAAAAAACCUGGAUUAAAUACGAAGAUGAUGCCCCGUCUACACGCGGUUCAAAAAAGAAGUAAUGUAAAAAAAAAAAAUAUAAUGGAAGGAUGA